GGAGAAGGGGCAGGAGGGGCAAUGAGGGACUGACUUUGGAGCUACUUGUUGGAGGCUGAUCUGCUUGUUAGGGAAUUUGUUGAACCAAAGUGUUCUUUUUUUGAAGGGAUGAAUGUUUUGUUUCCUUCAAAAAAUAAAUUACCACGCUUUGGAAAAAAAAGGCAUUACGCAUUUACUUAAAGUAUCGUCCUUGAUUAGUUUAUGCAGUCCACGCAGACAUAUCAGGGAGGACACUUUUGGCAUAGACUAGAAUUUGUUUACAAAAGUCAUCCUUUUAACAAAAUACUUUAUUAAAGCAGAGCAGACUGCAAAGACUUAUCUGGGACAAAAAUGUAUGCAUAUGCACAAAGCCCAGUUUUCCCAGUGCAUGGCUAAAAUACAGGUUUAUUUUAUUUCAGUCAGCCAAUUAUUUCUAUGAGUAGGGGACAAGUAUUUUAGCGCCAACUUAUUUCUCAACUGCUUUUUCGCAAUAUAUGCUGUUUGUAAUAGAAUUUUGUUGAUGCAGUUUUGUUCUUUUAUGAACACUGAUUUUCAACACUUUACAAUGGAAAUGAAUGAUAUUGCAUAAAAUAAUGCCUUAUUCAUAUGUUUAUUUUGCUUAAAUUUAUUAAAAUAGUGUUUGUGUAUGUUCAGCGACCAGUGUCAGUAAUAUACUAAACAGAAAGCUACUUGUUCAAUAUACCAUUAAGGACAUUGUUAUGCCCCCCUUCGAAGAAGAGGGGGUAUAUUGCUUUGCACAUGUCGGUCGGUCGGUCUGUCGGUUGGUCGGUCCGUCGGUCGGUCCAUCCACCAGGUGGUUUCCGGAUGAUUACUAAAGAACGCUUGGGGCUAGGAUCAUGAAACUUCAUAGGUACAUUGAUCAUGACUUGCAGAUGACCCCUUUUGAUUUUGAGGUCACUAGGUCAAAGGUCAAGGUCACGGUGACCCGAAAUAGUAAAAUGGUUUCCGGAUGAUAACUCAAGAACGCAUACGCCUAGGAUCAUGAAACUUCAUAGGUAGAUUGAUCAUGACUCGCAGAUGACCCCUAUUGAUUUUGAGGUCACUAGGUCAAAGGUCAAGGUCACAGUGACCCGAAAUAGUAAAAUGGUUUUGGGAUGAUAACUCAAGAACGCAUAUGCCUAGGAUAAUGAAACUUGAUAGGUAGAUUGAUCAUGACUCGCAGAUGACCCCAAUUGAUUUUGAGGUCACAUGGUCAAAGGUCAAGGUCACGGUGACCCGAAAUAGUAAAAUGAUUUUCGGAUGAUAACUCAAGAACGCUUUUGCCUAGGAUCAUGACACUUCAUAGGUACAUUGAUCGUGACUUGCAGAUGACCCCUAUUGAUUUUCAGGUCACUAGGUCAAAGGUCAAGGUCACAGUGACAAAAAACGUAUUCACACAAUGGCUGCCACUACAACGGACAGCCCAUAUGGGGGGCAUGCAUGUUUUACAAACAGCCCUUGUUUAAAAGUAACUUGCAAGGUCUCUAUGCUAAGUGCAGGUACAGGUACAAACAAAUGUAAUGUAUGUCUAAGUUGUCAGUUUUAUUUCUGCUUCAAAAACAACACAAACACUGACAGUUUGAUAUGUUGAAAAACUUGUUAGAUGUUUUCUUUGUAUAAUUUUUAAUAAAAAUGAAAAAAAACUUUUGUCAGUGUUUGUGUUUUUUGACAGCUAUUUCAUUGCCUUUCUCUUCUAUUAUAUCAGUACUAACAAUUUUUUUUUUAUUUAACAACUUCAUUUAUAAAUAAGCAAAUUUUUGGAAUUCAGAUUGGUAUGAAGUGAACUACAAAGGUAUAGGCUCUUGUUGAAAAGUCUCACAUCAGACUUGAGAUCUUUAUUGUCUGAUAAAAAAGUAGUAUAUGAAACUUAUCUUGAUUCCAACAUUAUUUUAGCAAUAAUGUUUGCAAUUAAAUUUACAAGCAGAUAAAAUCAGUGACGUCACAACUCUAUAUUUAGAAUCUCUAAAGAAGUUGAUGACCUUCAGUUAAUAUGAGGUUUUGUAGCAUUAACCCAUAGUUAAUGAUAACAUUUAAAAUAAUAACUUUUUCUGUAAUGGAGCCUCGCUCUGGGAAAACCGGGUUUUAUGCAUGUGCGUAAAGUGUAGUACAGCUUUUCAAGCAAUGACUUUCUUUAAAAGAAAAAUGCAACAAAGGUGGUAAGGAUUUCCCUGAUUAGCCUGUACGGACUUCACAGGCAAAUCUGGGAAGACACUACAUGCAUGCAUAGCAAGGCUAACAAAAUGUGCCAUUCAAUUAAUUGUCCAUUUGUCCUUUACUGGUGUCAUGGCAGAUUUUUAUGUCCCCCACUAUAGUAGUGGGGGACAUAUUGUUUUUGCCCUGUCUGUUGGUUGGUUGGUCUGUUGGUUGGUUUGCGCCAACUUUAACAUUUGCAAUAACUUUUGCAAUAUUGAAGAUAGGAACUUGAUAUUUGGCAUGCAUAUGUAUCUCAUGGAGCUGCACAUUCAUUUUGAGUGGUGAAAGGUCAAGGUCAUCCUUCAAGGUCAAAUAUAUGGGUCAAAAUCGCUCAUUUAAUGUACACUUUUGCAGUAUUUCAAUAUUCAAGAUAGCAACUUGAUAUUUGGCAUGCAUGUGUAUCUCAUGGAGCUGCACAAUUUGAGUGGUGAAAGGUCAAGGUCAUCCUUCAAGGUCAGAUGUCAAAGAUAUGUGGCCGAAAUCGCUCAUUCUACGAGUUCUUUUGCAAUAUUGAAGAUAGCAACUUGAUAUUUGGCAUGCAUGUGUAUCUCAUGGAGCUGCACAAUUUGAGUGGUGAAAGGUCAAGGUCAUCCUUCAAGGUCAGAGGUCAAAUGUAUGUGGCUCAAAUCGCUAAUUUUAUGAAUACUUUUGCAAUAUUGAAGAUAGCAACUUGAUAUUUGGCAUGCAUGUGUUUCUUAUGGAGCUGCACAUUUUGAGUGGUGAAAGGUCAAGGUCAAGGUCAUGCUUCAAGGUCAAAUAUUUGGGUCAAAAUUGCUCAUGUAAUGUCACCUCUGCAAUAUUGAAGCUAGCAAUUUUAUAUUUGAAAUGCAUGUGUAUCUCAUGGAGCUGCACAUUUUGAGUGGUGAAGGGUCAAGGUCAAGGUCAUCCUACAAGGUCAAACACCAUAUAGGGGGACAUUGUGUUUCACAAACACAUCUUGUUUUCUUUUUGUCUGUCCUAUCUGAUAUUGUGUACAACUUUAUUCUGAGAUAUCUCAAAAAGUUCUUGUAUUUCUUUUAUGUAACUUGGUGUACUUACAAAGGGAAAUAUGUGCAUUAUUCUUACAAUUGUAAUUAAAAAAGUUCAUAAGAUGUGAUAUUGCUACUUGGUAAACACAUUUGGGUAUAGGUUUGCCUUUUUCUGUCCAUCAUUUCCUUCCUUUGUUCAUCCAUUUGUCUGUCCCCUAAGAAAAACUGAAAUCACCAACUCACAAGACAAAACUGCAUCUUGUGAUUUCUAAAAAAACAACUGGAGAUACUUGGACAAACUUUAUAUACUAAAGGAUUAUGCAACCUUUUGUUUUUCACUAGAGGUCAAAUGUCGGGUCACUAUUAUUAAAGAAACAAAAAAUAAGUUUGUAAGUUCUCAAAAAGGACACAAAAUAUUAUGAUGAAACUGGGUAUACAAAUUGAACAACAGAUUUGACUUACCUGUGUCUGUCAUCCUCUGUCCAUGCAUCCCUCUGUCUGACCUUCAACAAAAACUGAAUUAACUCCAGAGAAACAUAAGAUAUGAGCCCCGUUUAUGUGCAUAAAGUGUUGUCCCAGAUAAGCCUGUGCAGUCCACACAAGUUAGCCAGGAACGACAGUUUCCGCUUUUAUGGUAUUUUUUGUUUCAAGGAAGUCUCUUCUUAGUUAUCUGGGAUGACACUUAACGCACAUGUAUUUAGCCCAGUUUGCCCUGAAGGAGGCUCUGGGAUGACACUCAACGCACAUGUAUUUAGCUCAGUUUGCCCUGAAGGAGGCUCUGGGAUGACACUUAGCACACAUGAAUUUAGCUCAGUUUGCCCUGAAGGAGGCUCUGGGAUGACACUCAACACACAUGUAUUUAGCUCAGUUUGCCCUGAAGGAGGCUCUGGGAUGACACUCAACGCACAUGUAUUUAGCUCAGUUUGCCCUGAAGGAGGCUCUGGGAUGACACUUAACGCACAUGAAUUUAACCCAGUUUGCCCUGAAGGAGGCUCUGGGAUGACACUUAACACACAUGUAUUUAGCUCAGUUUGCCCUGAAGGAGGCUCUGGGAUGACACUAAACGCACAUGAAUUUAACCCAGUUUGCCCUGAAGGAGGCUCUGGGAUGACACUUAACACACAUGUAUUUAGCUCAGUUUGCCCUGAAGGAGGCUCUGGGAUGACACUUAACACACAUGUAUUUAGCCCAGUUGGUCCUGAAGGAGGCUCUGGGAUGACACUUAACACACAUGAAUUUAACCCAGUUUGCCCUGAAGGAGGCUCUGGGAUGACACUUAGCACACAUGUAUUUAGCUCAGUUUGCCCUGAAGGAGGCUCUGGGAUGACACUUAACGCACAUGAAUUUAACCCAGUUGGUCCUGAAGGAGGCUCUGGGAUGACACUUAGCACACAUGUAUUUAGCCCAGUUUGCCCUGAAGGAGGCUCUGGGAUGACAGUUAACGCACAUGAAUUUAACCCAGUUGGUCCUGAAGGAGGCUCUGGGAUGACACUUAGCACACAUGUAUUUAGCUCAGUUUGCCCUGAAGGAGGCUCUGGGAUGACACUAAACGCACAUGAAUUUAACCCAGUUGGUCCUGAAGGAGGCUCUGGGAUGACACUUAACACACAUGUAUUUAGCUCAGUUUGCCCUGAAGGAGGCUCUGGGAUGACACUCAACGCACAUGUAUUUAGCUCCGUUUGCCCUGAAGGAGGCUCUGGGAUGACACUAAACGCACAUGAAUUUAACCCAGUUGGUCCUGAAGGAGGCUCUGGGAUGACACUUAACACACAUGUAUUUAGCUCAGUUUGCCCUGAAGGAGGCUCUGGGAUGACACUCAACGCACAUGUAUUUAGCUCAGUUUGCCCUGAAGGAGGCUCUGGGAUGACACUAAACGCACAUGAAUUUAACCCAGUUGGUCCUGAAGGAGGCUCUGGGAUGACACUUAGCACACAUGUAUUUAGCUCAGUUUGCCCUGAAGGAGGCUCUGGGAUGACACUUAACACACAUGUAUUUAACCCAGUUGGUCCUGAAGGAGGCUCUGGGAUGACACUUAACACACAUGUAUUUAACCCAGUUGGUCCUGAAGGAGGCUCUGGGAUGACACUUAACACACAUGUAUUUAACCCAGUUGGUCCUGAAGGAGGCUCUGGGAUGACACUUAACACACAUGUAUUUAACCCAGUUGGUCCUGAAGGAGGCUCUGGGAUGACACUUAACACACAUGUAUUUAACCCAGUUGGUCCUGAAGGAGGCUCUGGGAUGACACUUAACACACAUGUAUUUAACCCAGUUGGUCCUGAAGGAGGCUCUGGGAUGACACUUAACGCACAUGAAUUUAACCCAGUUGGUCCUGAAGGAGGCUCUGGGAUGACACUUAGCACACAUGUAUUUAGCUCAGUUUGCCCUGAAGGAGGCUCUGGGAUGACACUUAGCACACAUGUAUUUAGCUCAGUUUGCCCUGAAGGAGGCUCUGGGAUGACACUUAGCACACAUGUAUUUAGCUCAGUUUGCCCUGAAGGAGGCUCUGGGAUGACACUCAACGCACAUGUAUUUAGCUCCGUUUGCCCUGAAGGAGGCUCUGGGAUGACACUCAACGCACAUGUAUUUAGCUCCGUUUGCCCUGAAGGAGGCUCUGGGAUGACACUUAACGCACAUGAAUUUAACCCAGUUGGUCCUGAAGGAGGCUCUGGGAUGACACUUAGCACACAUGUAUUUAGCCCAGUUUGCCCUGAAGGAGGCUCUGGGAUGACACUUAGCACACAUGUAUUUAACCCAGUUGGUCCUGAAGGAGGCUCUGGGAUGACACUUAACGCACAUGUAUUUAGCUCAGUUUGCCCUGAAGGAGGCUCUGGGAUGACACUCAACGCACAUGUAUUUAGCUCCGUUUGCCCUGAAGGAGGCUCUGGGAUGACACUUAGCACACAUGUAUUUAACCCAGUUGGUCCUGAAGGAGGCUCUGGGAUGACACUUAGCACACAUGUAUUUAACCCAGUUGGUCCUGAAGGAGGCUCUGGGAUGACACUUAGCACACAUGUAUUUAGCCCAGUUUGCCCUGAAGGAGGCUCUGGGAUGACACUUAGCACACAUGUAUUUAGCCCAGUUUGCCCUGAAGGAGGCUUUUAUGAUCAUGAAGCUUUGUUUACUGAUUAAAGUGAUGACAA